AUGACGUAUGAAAACUUCCAGAACUUGGGGAGUGAGGAGAAAAACCAGGAGGCUGGAAAAGCAGCUCCCCCCAAGUCCUUCCUGUGGGAUAUCUUCUCUUGGACCCGCCUCCUCCUGUUCUCCCUGGGCCUCGGCCUCCUGCUGCUGGUGGUUGUCUCCGUGAUUGGAUCCCAAAAUUCCCAGUUAAGGAGGGACCUAGGCACCCUGAGAGCCGCUUUAGACAACAUCACCUCCAACACAAAGGAUGAACUGCAGGCCCUGAUCUCCAGGGGUGACAGCUUGCAAGAGAAGAUUAACUCUCUGAAAGUGGAGGUAGAUGACCACAGGCAAGAACUGCUGGCAGGACGAGGCUUGAGCCAGAACAUUUCUUCUCUGGAGAGCACAGUGGAGAAAAAGGAACAGCAAUUCAAAACAGGUCUAUCUGAAAUAACGGAGCGUGUCCAAGAGCUGGGGAAGGACCUGAAGGCCCUGUCAUGCCAGCUGGCCAGCCUCAAGAACAAUGGCUCUGCAAUGGCCUGCUGCCCUCUUCACUGGGUGGAGCAUGAAGACAGCUGCUACUGGUUCUCUCAAUCUGGGAAGUCAUGGCCUGAUGCUGACAAAUACUGUCAGCUGGAGAAUGCUCACCUGGUGGUGGUCAACUCCAUGGCGGAGCAGAAAUUUAUUGAUGAUCACAAGGGCUCUGUGCCCACCUGGAUGGGCCUAACAGACCAAAAUGGACCCUGGAGAUGGGUGGAUGGGACUGACUUUGACAACGGAUUCAAGAAUUGGAAGCCACUGCAGCCGGAUAACUGGCAUGGCCAUGGGCUGGGAGGAGGUGAGGAUUGUGCCCACUUCUCUUAUGAUGACGGCCGUUGGAAUGAUGAUGUCUGCCAGAGGGUUUACCGCUGGAUUUGUGAAAUAGAGCUGAGCAAAGGCAGCUGAGAGUCCCCUUCCCCUAACUUACAUCUUCAGUGCCAUAAGCCUUGGAUAUCUGGUGUUGGUAAUCCUCCUAUUUUGGUAUCUCCACCAUCUUGGGACAUUUUUUUUUCUAGAAUUUUAAGAGGUAGAUAAAGGGUGGUAUCUGAGGAAUGUAGUGUUGUGUUUGGAAUGGUGUAGUUAUU